AAUGUUACGACAUGUAAGUGGAGAUAGAGCGCGAGACUGGAGCCAAGGCAAGGUACAAGGACUGUUGAAAAUGAUGGGUUAUGACGAAAAUCAAGUGUGGAAGUUUUAGAAUAGAGUGAGCUCAUGUGAUAAACCAAGCAAGAAAGAGUGUGCACAAAGCGUAUAGAAUUUUUUGGGCUGGCUGGGUCGCAUGUGAAUAAUAAUUAUUAUCACACCUUUUCUUCUACCAACCAAACCCCAUGUUGGUUUUCCACUCAUUAUAAUCUCACUGUCAUUACUUUGUUGCAUAAAUUCUAAUGUUAUUGGCCGCGCAGAGACGCCCCACCCUCAAUAUACCCAAUGUCAAAUCCUCCGCUUCCCUUGUGGCAUCGUCUGGUCCUCCAUCCCCCACCAUGUCAACCAACUCUAUCAUAUCCUCCAUGUCGUGGAUCGUCGAAAAAUCUCCUACUGAUUUAAUUCCUAUGCUGAAGAAUGCCUACACCGCUUUGAAGGACAAAGAACGUGAUCUGGUAUUAGCGGCAGAAAUUGGAAAGUCACUUUUAGAAAAUAACAUCCAAUUGAAGAGCAAAUAUGAAACCCUAUUACAACAGCUUCAUAUGUAUCAAAAUCAAUCCUCGGCGUCCAGCGCCACUCCUCCUAGCGCCACCCAUGAACCUACGUCUGAAGAAAAUGAUCAAUGCAGCAGCAGGAUACCCUCCAAAAGCACCCGAGAUGCCAUCAUCGAUGUUUUGGAAACCAAAAAUGCCGAAUUGACCAGUAGACUAGAGGCUUCAUUAGAAGAAGCCGAAACCCUAGAAAAAAGCAAUAAGAAAGUUACCAAGAAAUUGGAGACGGAAAUCGCCGCAUUGAAGGACGAUCUAAAUAUUGCCGCCCAGAAAAUCCAGGAACUCCAGGACAUGAACAAAGAGGCUGCCGAAAGACAACGAAGAUUAGAAGCCGAGGCGGCAGAAAAAUCCGAAAGCCCAUCGGCUGAAUCAUACGAGUUGAUCGGAAACAUGUUUGAAAAAGUCGGCAAGCUCGAGAUCGAAAAUACCUCAUUACAAGCCGCUAAAUGGGAAUUGGAAGCAAAACUUUCCACUACAUUUCGAGAUUUGCGUCUCUUAAAGGAUCAAUUUGAAUCUUUCCAAUUCACCCAAGAAGAUUACGAUUCCUUACAAGAGGCCUAUCAUCGACAAUUCAGUCAUAUUGCCGAGUUGAAUGAUUCCUUGGAAGAACACCGCAAUCUUGUUCAGAAACUACGUGACCGUGGCGUGCAAAUCAGCUCCCCUAAUCAAACCCCCACACCUAGCCAGUACAAUGGUAUUAACGAAAAAGAUCCUUCCGUGCACAAGAAAACGCUCUUGAGCGAACUUGAAAGUGAAUGGUUCAAAGGCAUAUCGCAUAAUAGCCAAAAUAUGUCGUCACCCAGUCAUGCUUCCUCUAUCUCGCGAAUGUUGGAUUUUGCUCAAGCUACCGAAGACUCUCUCCUGUCAUUUUACAACAACCCUGCCGAGUACGCCCUCAGUAGUAUUCUCUCGGGCAAUGGCAUCACCGAUCCAAGUAUCCUCGAUGAAGCGGUUGAAUUUAUCAAUCGCCUCGAACAGGAUGACUUGUGGUCGCCUGCCGAUAGCUGUACAAGUGAUCCGCUCGAUUUACCCGAGUUUGGCUUAUAUCCCGAUUGCGACGACCUAGUGGAAGACAUUGACGACAAUGGACUCGUAGUCAUCCUUGCUCCAAAACGAAAAGCUGCCAUCAGUGGCAAGAUGAGAAGACUCUUGAGAAGUUUUUUCAGAACUAUAUGGAAGUGGUGUCGAUUUGCCAUGAUCCUCACUGCCGCUGUUCUUAUCAACCUAUGGCAUGGACCUAAAUCCAUGCUGAUUGACUAUUAAAUUUCAUUCAUUUCCAUUCCUUACUGUAUUCAUUAUAUCUUUAUUCACAUAUGUAUAGAACUCUCUCAUUCGCUUUACCCAUAAACCAGACGCACUACCAUAUCAAAUCAAUCAAUGAAACGCUGCUUUCAAAAAUCCAUCCCAAAAUAGAAAACUCCGC